AUGCCAAGGAAAAAUAAAAGAUAGAAUACCAAAAACAAGUAAGACAAUAAUAAAGAUCAAAACGAGUAGGCAGAACAAAUAGAAUCUGCAAAAGAUAUAGAUAAAAAAGAAGAUGAGCAGGAAUUGAAGGAUGAAUAGAGUACUCGAUUUGAUUAUAUAAUUAGAUAAUUAAGAGGUUGCUGCAGAGUAGGCUGUACCUUAAAAUUAGCAAAAUCCAAAUGACAAUCAAACGCCGGAGUAAGAUUAAGAUGAGUAGAAAGAUUAGUAAAAGAAUCAAAUAGAGGAAAUACAAAACACCCAAGGGAAUGAUUAGUUUGAAUAAUUUAGUGAUGCUCAGAAACAAAAAUAAUAGGAUUUGGUUACAGAUGCACAAGAACACACCAAAAAUGUUGAAAAUGAUAUUUAAUCGCCAUCUUAAUAGUUUGAUUAGAAGGAGUCUUCAAAAAAGAUCUCAGAAACUUUGAAUGAGUAAACUCAGAAUGAAGAGACCCACUAACUCAAAGAACCAUAGUUCCUGGAUCAACCUUCAUCUGAUUCUGCACAUGAUGAAAGUAUCAACCCAUCCUCAAAACCUAAUGUCUUACUUUCAUUGCACGAUAAUGAGGUUGAACAUUCUAUAGAAACUCCAACCUAGAGAUCCCUCGAGGAAGUUGCCAUCGUUUAGAUUUAAUAACAUGAAGUUGUUUUAAAUGCUUAGGCUCCUCUGUUUGUAGAGAAAGCAAAUGACUAAGUGAUGAUAGAAGGUGCUCCAUAAACCUAAUUGAGGAAAUAGAAUGAUUAAGUCAUUUUGGAGAGAGUCUAAGAACAAAAAAUGGAAGUCAAAGUUGAAUACACAAAUAUCGAAAUUUAACCAAAAACACACACAGAAUCUCAUUAAUAAAUAGAAUUAGAGAAGUAACCGUAGCUGUAGUAAUAAGUAAAUGUAGAGAGAACAGAAACAUAAGGCUAGGUUUAAGUAGAAGUAUAAAAAAAUAAAAGUGAAAUUGUGACUGAAGAGGUGUCCAAAGUGUAAACAUAAAACUCUAAUGAUGGUGUUUACUUACAAUAAAUACCGGUUGUUCAAUUAGAGAAUCAUCAGGAGGUUUCAAUCGAGUAACAACCUCAAAUGAAUUUGGAAUCAAGAAACUUAGAGACUCAAAUUGAAAAGUGUCCUCAAAUUGAAAUCCCACUCAAUGCAUAAUCUACAUCUCUACAUGAACAUCCUAUUGUCAAUCUUGAGAUUAAUCAUAAUAUUCCUCAAGUACAUCCCAGUCCAAAUGUCUAAUCAAUACAAACUCAAUAAUUUAACUCGAUAGAACAUUAACCUAAUCCAACUGUUGAAUAAAAAGGAUAAGCUUUAUUUUCUGUCUAAGCACCUUAAACAGAAGUCUAGGUUAAUUAGACUUAAGUAAACUCUGAGCCGUAGUAAUAAUUGAAGGUGGAAUCCAAUUAGUAAUAAACUUAAUUGAUUCAAGAGGAAGAGAAAGUCCACGUUUAAUAGGAAGAUCAAACCCAUAUUGAGAAUUAACCAUCCCAUGAAAUCAUCAAUGUAGAGAAGAGAGAAGUCAUUGAACAAAAACCACUGUUGCACACUGAAUAAAACUCUAAUCCUGUUGAAGUCAGUCACAAUGAUACUGUUAAAAUUGAAGGAUAUCAUGUAGAUUAGAAAAACAAUCAAUAAAAAUAAUAAAAGUAGGUUGCUCAAUUUGUUCAAUCUCCAACUCAACAAGUCAAAGACUCAGAACCUUUGUAGCCACAAAAUGAUGCAGAGUAGUAAUUUUUAAAUAGGUCUCAAUCAGAAAGUCAACCCUCUUCAUCAAAAAUCAUUCAGCAAGUGCCAUAAGAAGUGGGUAUGUUAGGGUUGUCAAUGGCUGCGGCUGCUGGUGCUUCGUAAUUUAUUAUGAAGAAUGGAGUCAAAUCGAAGGAAGGGUUAUUUGCUGCUUUGGCUGGUUCAGCAAUCUUGUAUGCCGGGUACAGAUUAUUUAAAUCCAAGAGUUAACACAAUGAAAAAAGGGAUUGAAUUUUAUAUUAACAAAAAUCAAAGUUCAAUAAAUAAGAAUACG